AUGGUAGAUUAUGAGCAUGUUCUGGUGAGCAAAAGCGGCUUGCCUAACGCCACUCGUUGGAAACCAGUUACAAGAAAAUAUAACGUCAUCGUAUACCAGGACCAGCUCGCGAUUGAAGAGAUCAAGCGCCAGAAGCGGAAGACGAAAUCAUUAGGCGACAUUCUUGAUAUGACUCGGGUUGGUGAUCUGCUGUCGAGAAGUGUGGGUCCCGGAACGCUCCGGUCAGCGGCAACUGCAUGCAAUAGAGAUACAGUGGUAAGCGAACUGAACAAGACGCCGACGAUGAUCUGGAUGGGCACCAUCGAGUGUGAAUUAGACGACCUCAUGUACGGUCUUGGCAGCCAGAGCGAUGAGGUGACUCGCAUCAAUUCUUCGUACUCGGGAAACAAUAUGCAAGAUUUCGCUACACUCGCUUUGCUAGAAAAAGCAACACCAAGUGACUCGUUCCAUUCCUUGCAGCUCAAGUGGGAAGUCAACAACACCUUGACGAAAGCAAAACCGUUGUGGCGCUCCUGUGACUUUGUGUACCUCGAGGCAACAGGCGUGAUAGUGAGUCGUUCAACGGGACAACGCAUUGGGUACCAGAUCCUGCAUUCGCUCGACGUUCGCGGCAUAACUGAUCUACCAAGACACAAACUAACUCGGGGUAGACUGAAAGUCUAUCAGUUGUUCCGCCAGAAGUCAAAGGGUACCGUCGAAGUCUUCGCAAAAGGAAUGGUAGAUUUGGCUGGUGAUAUCCCGGUCACCAUGGUAUCAUAUGCAACCAUCGAAGCAGCCAACUGGGUCAACACAGCAGCCGAGUGCGCUCGCAAACGGAAACUCAACUGGCUGCUCUUCACUGCGGCGACCAAAUGUCCUAACUACGCUGCUACAGGCCACAAUGAAUCGUGCUGCAGCGUGUGCGCUCGAAAGCUCCGUAACGCUUUUGGUCAGAAAACCUUCUUCGAUUGCCACAUCUGCACUGAACGGGUGUGUUAUCGAUGCCAUGUACGUCAAGAAUUGAGCUUCAUUACACCCGACAAGACUUCGUUCGUCGUUAACCGAAAAUCGAUCGACUUGUGCACUCGCUGUGUGCACACAGCAACACAAACGAAUGCUCAGCGGGUAGCACUUGAAGAGCGUGCACUGGGAGACCCGGUAUCGAUGUACAAGUACAUUUCUCGUGAGAAGCAUCUUUUGUUGGAGAAGGCUACGUGCUUCGAUGUCAAAAACUACGGAGGAAGACGCAAAGAAUCCAACCCAUAA